CUCGCAGGCCCCGGCAGCAUCCAGGACUUCCUCACCGCCUUCCCACCUGGCUCAUAGUUGGGUGAUACCCGACACCUUUCUUCAUGGCGUCGCUCCUGUGCUGUGGGCCGAAGCUGGCUGCCUGCGGCAUAGUCCUCAGCGCCUGGGGAGUGAUCAUGUUGAUAAUGCUUGGAAUAUUUUUCAAUGUCCAUUCCGCUGUGUUAAUUGAGGAUGUUCCUUUCACGGAGAAAGAUUUCGAGAACGGUCCCCAGAGCAUAUACAACCUUUAUGAGCAAGUCAGCUACAACUGUUUCAUCGCGGCCGGCCUUUACCUCCUCCUCGGAGGCUUCUCCUUCUGCCAACUUCGGCUCAAUAAGCGCAAGGAAUACAUGGUGCGCUAGGACACGGUCCCUUUCCCUGUCCCGCACCCCUCCUCUAUUUAAAGACUCUCCCCAGCCCCUCCCCAGGUCGCGUCCCACCCCUUCUGGCGCCCUCCGCGGGACUGGGUUUCCCUGGCGAGACCCAAUCCCUUGCCCUCCAAUCUCUGGCGUUCGGCCCCAGUUGGAGGGGGGCAGGGGCUGGCCGUUCCUUGUCUCUGCAGCCGCCUCGCCUACGUCUCGUACCACAAUAAAGAGAAACUGCUCUCGUAA